GAUGGGUGCCGGAGUGCCAUACCAUCCCAGGAACACGCUUCCUGGUGGACUUCUUCGGGCCCCCCAGUCGCGACAUCCCCGCCUCCACUGCACCCUUCCGCAUCCUCACCCACUUCCACGCCGACCACUACAAGGGCCUCACCCGCACCUUCUCCGGCGGUACCGUCCUAGCCUCCCCGGUGACCGCCCGACUGGUUUCGGAGCGCCUGAAGCUGCCCGCCGCCAAGCUGCGGGUGCUGCCCAUGGACACACCCGUGGAAAUAGACGGCGUGUCGCUGACCCUGGUCGACGCCAAUCACUGCCCCGGGGCCGCCAUGGUGGUGGCCCAGCCGCCGGGGGGGCGCCCGCCCGUGCUGCACACCGGGGACUGCCGACUGGGGGAGCACAUGCGGAG